UUCUCGAAACCUGCGCUACUCUGCCACUGUAUUUCCCCCCCUCUUCCCCUCUGCACUUCACUUCAAUCAACAUGGCUACAAUUGUAACCUCGACCAGAUUCACGGACGAAUAUCAGCUGUAUGAGGAACUCGGAAAGGGUGCCUUCUCCAUCGUCCGCCGAUGCGUCAAGAAGUCCACCGGCCAGGAGUAUGCUGCUAAAAUCAUCAACACAAAAAAGCUCUCAGCCAGAGAUCACCAGAAACUGGAUCGAGAGGCAAGGAUCUGUCGUCUGCUAAAACAUCCAAACAUAGUACGACUCCAUGACAGCAUCUCAGAGGAAGGAUUCCAUUACCUUGUUUUUGACCUUGUCACUGGAGGAGAGCUGUUUGAGGACAUCGUUGCUCGAGAGUAUUACAGCGAGGCAGAUGCCAGCCACUGCAUCAAUCAAAUCCUGGAGAGCGUCAGUCACAUCCACCAGCAUGACAUUGUGCACAGGGACCUCAAGCCAGAGAACCUUCUCCUGGCCAGUAAGAUGAAGGGAGCCGCGGUGAAGCUCGCAGACUUCGGUCUUGCCAUCGAGGUGCAGGGGGACCAACAGGCAUGGUUUGGUUUUGCAGGAACUCCCGGGUAUCUGUCCCCAGAGGUGUUGAGAAAGGACCCGUACGGCAAGCCAGUGGAUAUAUGGGCAUGUGGUGUGAUCCUGUACAUCCUGUUGGUGGGCUACCCUCCCUUCUGGGACGAGGACCAACACAAACUGUACCAACAAAUCAAGGCCGGGGCAUAUGAUUUUCCCUCUCCAGAGUGGGACACAGUGACCCCCGAGGCCAAGAAUCUGAUCAAUCAGAUGUUAACGAUUAACCCUGCCAAAAGGAUCACUGCCGACCAGGCCAUCAAGCAUCCCUGGGUCUGCCAACGCUCCACUGUGGCCUCCAUGAUGCACCGUCAAGAGACUGUGGAGUGUCUGCGCAAGUUCAACGCAAGGCGGAAACUUAAAGGAGCUAUCCUCACAACAAUGCUGGUGUCGAGGAACUUUUCAGCAUGCAAAACCUUACUAAACAAAAAGUCGGACGGCGUGAAGUCGCAGGGAAACAACAGUAAAAACAGUGUAGUAAGCAGCAGCAGCACCAAAGACAGCAGCAUGUCAUCUUCAGCACCAAUGGAAGCCCAGACAACUGUUGUACACAACCCAGCUGACGGCACCAAGGGCUCCACGGAGAGCUGUAAUAACACAGAAGAGGAGGAGAUGAAAGGUAGGAAAGUGGCUUCCUGUGAGUCCACUGGUACAGACAGUACAGUGGUAAGCCAGUGCAGCACCAUUGAGGAACAGACCCAGACCCUGUCUCCUCGCUGCACACCACCUACCUCUGGUCCCCUGCAGGAGGCUGCUAGCAGCCCCAGUGUCCCUCAGACCAGUCCAGCUCAGAGCGCCUGUCUUGGUCCCGAACCAGAGUCCGCUCUGGCGUCCCCCGCGGGCAUCAGCCGCAACCUGCAGCAGACUCGUAAACAGGAGAUAAUAAAGAUGACAGAGCAGUUGAUUGAAGCCAUCAACAAUGGGGAUUUCGAGGCGUACACGAGAAUCUGUGACCCUGGACUGACUUCUUUUGAGCCAGAGGCCCUUGGAAACCUGGUGGAGGGCAUGGACUUUCACAAGUUCUACUUUGACAACUUGCUGAGUAAAAACAGCAAGCCGGUGCACACCACCAUCCUCAACCCCCACGUCCACCUGAUCGGCGAGGAUGCCGCCUGCAUCGCUUACAUCCGCCUGACGCAGUAUAUGGACACCCAAGGCCGGCCGCGCUCCUGCCAGUCAGAGGAGACGCGUGUGUGGCAUCGCCGGGAUGCCAAAUGGCUCAACGUGCACUUCCAUUGCUCAGGAGCACCAGCUGCACCGCUGCAGUGAACUGAGAAGCCAGGCCCAGCUUUGCCUGAACUCUAAAGCAGUUUGGAGCAUUUAUCUCCGUGGUCGGAUUGGUGCCUGGAUCCUGACCAGGAAGAGGCUGCUUGGAAAGUUGUAAAAACACAAAAGUGGGGAAAAUACAUUAUAAAUUAAACAAAAAAUAAGAAGCAUAUUUCAAAAAGCUUGACUGAAUGACCGAUCACACAGACCAACACCAAUCCAGUCCAAACCUAGCUAUGUGAUGUGGGUCCCGGCUGACGUCAGCCCCUUCUUGGAGAUGGUGCAUGCUUCUGGUGGCGACACAGGGGUGAUGCUGUCCUGGUCUUUGGGGCCUCGUCUCCCAUGGCCUUUAUUUCCCCGUCUGUUUUGUCUGUUAUCAGGAAAAGUAUUAACUGUUAAAUAUAUAUUUGAACAGAUAAACGAGUACAUUGACACACAUAGUGGAUGGAACGGGGGGAGCAAGUAUAAUAUUUGAAAAGUGUGAUUUCUUUUUUGUUUUGCAGAACUUGUACUGCUAGAAUAACUGUUUGUUUUCCAGUUCACAGGUAUAUUUGUUUUGGGUUUAUGGGAACUGUAUCGACUAAUAUCAAUUUAAUAUCAGAAUUUAACAUCCAUUUUGGAGCAUCUGUGCACAAAGUUUUCAAGGGGUUGUUGAAAAAGGAUGAAUCUUAAUCAAAAAGGGGAAUUUAGUUUGAUAGAAUUGUGUAUGAAUAGAUAUUUAUAUAGAGGAAAAGGGGGAAAAUAUUUACUUUCAGGGUGAAGGAAGGGGAGUUAAGCAUGUUUUUUCUGUUAGUUUUUUUGCCUUGUGGCCCCGACGUGUAAAUACCAACACAAAUAUUCACACACCAUGCAUGCAAGCAUACACACACGCACACACAUACAAGGUCCCUGUGCUCCAGCCUUUAGGGUCGAGCCUCUCUUGAGCUUAAGACAUUAACACGCAUCCAGGCCAGCUCAUCCUGAAGUUGCAGAAGGCCUCCACCCGUCUGCCCUGCAGUGAUGGAGACGAAACACUGAGCGGUGCCAUCGCUCCUCACAUCUCUAUAAACUACCUAAUCAAAACGCAUGGACGCACUCUCAUGGCAACUUUUUUUGCUUUUCUAUCAUCCGUCUUUGUGUAGUUUUGACGUGAAGCUUGAACUAUUUUAAACUAUCUAAUGGCCUGUACUGUUUUUGCACAGACACUUAACGACUCGAUGCUGUUGUGUUCUCUCUCCUGAGGGAGCGAACCGUUCUGCAACUUCAGGUUACGCUCGCCACAAUCCUUCCUGUCCACCAUACCUCUCCCCCUCUACUUCAAUCAUUCCUGCCUCUCACACACAUCGUCCACCUUAUUACUGUCCAAGUAGCAACUCGCUGUGUAAUGAUGAUGAUGUCACCCUUAUGCCUGUCUCUUGUUCUGAUUGUGUUCUUAAAAUCUGUGUGUUGUCAGUCUUGGCUUGCUGUACUUCUGUGUGAAUUAUAUAUAUAUAUAUAUAUAUAUAUAUAUAUAUAUAUAUAUAUACAUAUAUAUAUAAAAAAUCAAAAAAAAAAGCAUGUUAGAAAGGGAAUGCAGCUGAAGAAUUGGACAAAAAAAAACACGGCAUGAUGGGAAGAGGGCUAUGCCGACUGGAGGGCUGAGGGCCCUUCGCUGAUGUCAAUCAAUGGUUUUGGUCCUUUUUUGGUCACUGUUUCUGUUGUAAAUGUAGUAGCUGUUAGUGUUUUGCUGUUGAUAUUUUUAAAGUCGUUUUAGCCAGAACUGUAAAAAAAGAAAAAAAAAAGAGGGUUUGAAAUGAAUGGAGGGGGAGACUGCCACAACCCUUUUUUUUACUUCCCCUAAUUCCCCCUCACACACGCUGAUCAACACACACACUGAAUGCUGAAAUCUUGAGACAAAAAAAACCUUCUUCCACUCCUGUGGCUGAUUAUAUUGGAACUCACAGCAUCAUAUAAGCACAUGAGAUUCUCCCUUUUAAAGAGGACAAAUCAUAUCUCUGUGUCGAUGGUUAAACUUCACAGCACUGUUUUUUCACUGUGUCGUAGAAACUUUGUUAGUGUGUGAGUUUGUGCUACGCUGCUCUAAAGUAACUUGUGCUCUACGUAGUCUGUUACCGGUUAUCACGAUGAUGCAUCAAAGCAUCACACACACCUCGGCUUUGUACGUGCACUGAGACAGUCGAGCAGAUUUAAAAAAAAUAUUGAAUAAAACAUUGUGAAUCAUAUGUGAGAUCCGUCCUACUGUAUCAGCCAGCUGUGCUUUCUGUGACAUAUCCGACAUGCCAUGAACACUGUGUCGCCGCCCACACACUUCUUGCACCAUGAUGACCAUUACUGAAACUAUGUGAUGUUUUUUAUGGCUCUAAGUAGAUCUGUGUGUGUGUGUGUGUUUUGUUGCCGCCAAUCUGACAAGAUGCUUUUCUUUGUGUAUUUCCAUGAAGAUGUUUUAAAUGGAAAAGUAAAAUGCAGUUAAACUUUACAUGUUAUCUUAACAAAGGGAAACUGAUCUAAGGGAACAAACAGCAUUAUUCAGUUUGCCGAAGUAUUUGGACCAAGUUGGAUCAAGUUGAAAAUUGCAUUUUUGAUCGAUGAAUAUGAAGCCAGAAUAAACCUUCACAGCAGAAAAUUUAACAAAAGAAAAUACAACAUGGUAAACAAUGACAUUAAAAAAGGCUGCUUCCCCUUCAGUUCUUCCAGUUGGACUAUAUUGUGUGACUUAAUGGAACAGAACCGCCAUUAUUUAUGUUAUUAGUUACACAUGUGCUUUCCUUGCAAUGACAAUAGAUUAAAAAAUUGACAGAUUUUGACAGAAGAACAGGCAGUUGAUGCAGUGAGCCCACUCACACGUUUGACCUUUUUCUUUAUUGUUAUAGAACACUGAUUCCAAACCUUUUUGGCUUUUGACCCCUUAAAAUCAGGCAGCAUCUACUCACAGCUGAUCACAUAUCAGUGAAAACCUCACAGGGCACCUUUAAUCACCUCAGAUUUAUCCCAGGGUGAGAACCACUGUUGUAUUGUGGUGUAAUCUCCUAAUUGUUAAAUUGAUUUACUGCAGAAUUCUUAAUUUUCAGAUUUUCUUUCCAGGCUAUUAAUAUCGGAAAGUAUGCAGAGUUUCAUCUAAACUUGACUUUCUUGGCUCAUGUGACUAACAAAUUGUAACUUGAUAGGAUUAAAGACACUAAAAGUAACCUUAAUUUCACCAAUUCAAUCUCAGUAACUUGAUAUUGAAUUAAAUUUUUUUUUUUAAUGUGACAAUGACACUUAAAUGAUUAAUCUAAAUAUGUGAACCUGAAACAAAUCCUUUAAAUCAAGUUUUACAUUUUUUUUAUAUAUGAAAUGACCCUCUGAAAAUUUCAAAGAGGUAAAUUCAAACCACAAAUUCAGAAAUAUGAGCUCAAUAUUUCAGUGCUAUAAAUAAAUAUUCUGCAGUAAGUUUAAUGUCACAAUUAUGCUCUUGAAAUGUAAAUGAUAUGGCCCGUCUUUGCUUACAUAGAGUCCUACAGAGUGACCUCCCUGCUUCAGUGUCAAUGAGCUCCAUGGUGAUGUAAUAGAUUGCUAUUUAAUGCGACAGGGUAACGACUUUAGAGUCUCACUGAUGUAAAUAGGAUACGUGACCAAAAAUAAGCUUACCUUCACACAGAGUAACUUUGGGCUGAUCGCUGCUACGACCUACAACAGAACGAUAACUCACAGUAGGUCAAGUGACAUCUGUUGUUUUGCUUCAUAUACAUUUUUGUAAACUCAAUAUUUAAAAUACUUUGGCAAAUGUCUCAUAUAUAUGUUGGAUAAAAACAGAACCUGACUGACCUGAGGGGGAAAAUAAGAUCAUUGGAAUGUUGAAAAAGGAUAUUUAAAAAAACCACAAUGUUUAACAUCAACACUAUAUAUGCAGUUCUACAAAAUGGAGGAAAUAUGCAUGUCUACUUUCUGGUAAUUUUUCACUGUUUUCUUGAUAAAGAAAUGGAAAUCUAUGUUACUUGCAUCCUCAAGGUUAUGAAAUGGCUCCGUCUGAGAUAUCGGAAACAAUUGAUGUUAUCUCACAGUGAAAUGCAUAAACGGUUAGCAAAAGCCUUAGCUUGUAUGUAAGUACGUUUAUUGCAGAGUAGCCUUAUACUAAAGGGGCUACAUGUGUCUAUACUCUGAGUUUCAUUUGGAUGCUGGAUUUUUUUGCAUGAUCAUACAGUUAAUAAACAUACAUUAAAAAC